GGUUUUGGAAAUGCCAUGGCUGCUGGUGGCGCAUUUGGAGGGAGCAGGGGAGUGAAGCCCGUGCCGCCAGAGAAGGGAGUAUUUCCACUGGAUCACUUCCACGAGUGCAAGCCGGCAAUGCAAGAGUAUAUGCAGUGCUUGAAAAACAACCAAAUGCUGGCCGAUCGCUGCAAGCAUCUUUCGAAGAAAUACCUGGAAUGCCGCAUGGAGAGGAACUUGAUGUGCAAACAGGACCUCAAGGAGCUGGGAUUUAGCGAGAACGAUGAGAUUUACGCCAGGCGAGACGACGAUCCCGUCGGUGGCGAUGGUGGGCUAUUUGCUUUCAUGAAUCAGCCACGAAAAGAAGAAGCCCACAUCGCUGGGAUUCGAAGAAAACGCGGCGAGAAUCCCCCCUAGAUCUUUUAUUUCGAUCUUUUGCUCUUUCGGUCGAGCAAAGAGGCAAGAACACCAGGAACUCUAGACAAUGCACAGCGAAUUUCUUUCUCUAUACAGCAUCGUCGGCGUUAAGUCUUUAGUGGAUCAUCAAAAGCUUUUCUCUUUC